AUGCAGAUAAGGAUCAGAACAAAGGAUUAUUUAAAGGUCAAGUCACAAGGUCAGUUUGAAAAUGAAACAAACCCAGAAACAGGUUUAGUGCCCAAUCAAACCGAGACAACUGUUAGUGACAAUGGGCAGCAAGAGCAUGACGGUAUCCCUGGGUCUGGUCAAGACCCAUCCCACAAUGGUCAACCUCCAUUUCACCAAGGUCAAGGCCCAUCCCACCAAGUUCAACUCCCAUCCCACCAAGGUCAACUCCCAACCCACCAAUGUCAACCCCCAACCCACCAAAGUCAACCGCCUUCCCACCAGGGUCAAUCCACCAAGGUCAACCCCCAUCACACCAAG